AGCAAGCCAAGAAUGCCGAGUCAUAAGUAAAGCAAAAAUAAAAAAUUAACUCGAGAAGUAUUUGCAUGGUGGAGAAAACAACAGAAAUAAUAUCGACUUAAAACGCAACAGGGAAAAAGCAGACAAAAUGACGGUGACGAAUCGGAUGGAAAUCGAGUCGGCCUACCAAAAAGGCGAGGGAUUCCGGUCUUACUACAUCCAGAAGAUCGAGGAAUUGCAACUGAUUGUGGCUGAAAAGAGCCAAAAUCUGAGGCGUCUGCAGGCCCAGCGAAAUGAGCUCAAUGCCAAAGUUCGCAUGUUGCGCGAGGAGCUACAGCUGCUCCAGGAACAAGGAAGCUACGUGGGCGAGGUUGUGAAGCCGAUGGACAAGAAGAAGGUGCUGGUUAAAGUGCAUCCAGAGGGCAAGUUCGUUGUCGAUCUGGACAAGAACAUUGAUAUCAACGAUGUAACGCCCAAUUGUCGUGUGGCCCUGCGCAACGAGAGCUACACGCUGCACAAGAUUCUGCCCAACAAGGUGGAUCCGUUGGUCUCGCUGAUGAUGGUCGAGAAGGUUCCCGAUUCCACAUACGAAAUGGUUGGCGGCCUGGACAAGCAGAUCAAGGAAAUCAAGGAGGUGAUUGAGUUGCCCGUCAAGCAUCCGGAACUGUUCGAUGCCCUGGGCAUUGCCCAGCCGAAGGGAGUGUUGCUCUACGGACCUCCAGGUACGGGAAAGACCCUACUGGCCAGGGCCGUUGCCCAUCACACCGAAUGCACCUUCAUUCGUGUGUCCGGCUCCGAGCUGGUCCAGAAAUUCAUCGGUGAGGGUUCACGCAUGGUGCGUGAACUGUUCGUGAUGGCCCGCGAGCAUGCUCCAUCCAUUAUCUUCAUGGACGAGAUCGAUUCCAUUGGCUCGUCGCGUAUCGAGUCUGGAUCUGGCGGCGAUUCCGAGGUGCAGCGUACCAUGUUGGAGCUGCUCAACCAGCUGGAUGGCUUUGAGGCCACCAAGAACAUCAAGGUGAUCAUGGCUACCAAUCGUAUUGACAUCCUGGAUCCCGCUCUGCUGCGUCCCGGUCGCAUUGAUCGCAAGAUCGAGUUUCCGCCACCAAACGAGGAGGCCCGUCUGGACAUCCUAAAGAUUCACUCCCGUAAGAUGAACCUUACGCGUGGCAUUAAUCUGCGCAAGAUCGCCGAACUGAUGCCGGGCGCAUCGGGUGCGGAGGUCAAGGGCGUCUGCACGGAGGCCGGCAUGUAUGCGCUGCGCGAGCGACGAGUGCAUGUCACCCAGGAGGACUUUGAGAUGGCCGUGGCCAAGGUGAUGCAGAAGGACUCGGAGAAGAACAUGUCCAUCAAGAAGCUAUGGAAGUAGGCGUCGACCACCAACCACUCACACUGCUUACGCAAACCUUAUUUCAUUGUCAAUAAAUAUAUCAGUUAGUAACAUAAA